CGCUGGUGGAGUUUUUUGUGGAAAAAUGUCAAUUUCCCUGGAUUUCAGCAAGAUUUGCCGGGUGUGCUGCCUCGAGGGCAGUAUGAUGUCGGUGUUCAAGGUGCAUAUAUCUAAGAAAUUGAUGGCCUGUGCGGCUAUUCAGGUCUGGCCAAAUGAUGGUCUUCCAGAUCAGAUAUGCACGAAAUGCGUGGCGAAAUUGCACAUUGCCUUCCAGUUCAAGAAGCUCUGUGAGAAAUCAGACGCUCGACUGAGACAGCAAGCGGCCAGUGCUCCUGUGGAGGCGCCGGAGAGUGUUGAGAAUCCGCCCAGUGAUUAUGUUUAUGUGGAUUGUCAGGCUAUCGAGGCUACCUCGGGGCAGUACGAAAAUCUCCAAACGUCGACUUACAGCACAAGUCUUCUGCCCACUUACUCCGGCCAAGGCAUCUUCCAGGCCUACACGGUGCCGGCUGUGGAGAUUCAACCGUCUGUUGUGACGCUGAGCACUGUCGCGCCUCCUGUUGAAUCAGCUCCACAGGAAGAGAAGAAAUACGUGUCAGAGGAUAAGCAAGAGUGCACGGAGAAGGCGAAGCUGAAGACUGACCAGGAGAGUUCAAGGCAGUGCCACAUUUGUGGUAAAGAACUAGUUUCUGCUGCUAAGCUGAGUCGCCACAUGAAGAUUCACAGUGGCGAGCAGCCGUACAAGUGCAAAUUCUGCCUGAAGCGCUUCUCGCACAGCGGCAACUUCAAAGUCCACCUGCGGAUGCACACGAACGAGCGCCCCUAUCAGUGCACCAUGUGCAAUAGGGCGUGUCGACAGCUGCAGGAUCUGGAGAAGCAUAUUCGCACGCACACGGGCGAAAAGCCCCAUCAGUGCUCCGUGUGCUCGAAGAAGUUCUCCACGUCUAGCAACCUGAUCGCCCACGUGAGGAUCCAUUCGGGCGAGAAGCCCUACGUGUGCAGCAUCUGCGGCAAGGCUUUCUGCCAGUCCAACGAGCUCACGAAGCACACGCGCAUUCACACUGGUGAAAAGCCGCACCAGUGCUCAGUGUGCCACAGGCGCUUCAACGGCUCCUCCACGCUCACAAUCCACAUGCGGAGUCACACUGGCGAGAAGCCCUACGUCUGCACGGUGUGCUCCAAGGCGUACUCCCAGUCGCGCUGCCUUCAGAUGCACCUCAAGACCCACACCGUCUACGAAGCGCCCCCAGACAAGCCGCCGGACAAGGCAGAGUCCUUCUGA